AGUGGAGCUGCUCUGGGGGGGUCUAUUAUAUGGCUGUCACCACAGUCAACUAUCACACCGCACCACAGUCAACUAUUACACGGCAGAAAAGGGAGGACAUGGAAGUAUAGCUGCUACUUAGCUCAUCUCAACUCAACUUCUAUCAGUUAAACUUAUACUGCAGUAGGCUACUACUCACGUGUUUUGUAUUUUACGCAUGCAGCAUAUUUAAUUUUCAUGAAGAGUUCUGAGAAGUUUCCAUCACGAAGCUAAACUAAGCGGAACGAGUUGUGUGAAGUAAAGUGGUGUGAAAGAAUAGUGUCAGGAUGCCUCGACCAGGGAGGAACACGUACAGCGACCAGAAACCUCCCUAUUCCUACAUCUCCCUCACCGCCAUGGCCAUCCAGUCGUGCCCGGAGAAGAUGCUCCCUCUCAGCGAGAUCUACAAGUUCAUCAUGGACAGGUUCCCCUACUACAGAGAGAACACCCAGCGGUGGCAGAACUCCUUACGACACAACCUGUCCUUCAACGACUGUUUCAUCAAGAUCCCGCGGCGUCCGGACCAGCCCGGGAAGGGAAGCUUCUGGGCUCUGCACCCCAGCUGCGGGGACAUGUUCGAGAACGGGAGCUUCUUGCGUCGCCGUAAACGGUUCAAGGUGAUGAUGAUGAUGGCUGCUCAGGAGCACCUGGCUCAGUCCAAGCAGUCUGACGCAGCCCAUUAUCUCAGGCUCAGUGCCCUGGCUGCCACCGGCACACACCUCCCUCAGAUGUCCAGCUAUAACUUGGGAGUGUCACAGCCAUCAACUUUUAAACACCCAUUUGCUAUAGAGAACAUCAUCGCCAGAGAGUACAAGGUUCCCGGGAGUCUGGCGUUCUCCACCAUGCAGUCCAUGUCUGCAGGCUACCCGCUGCACAACCACCUGACUGCGGCCUGGCCUCACAUGUACAACACUAUGGUGGACUCGGUUUCUCCUAUCUCUAUGAGCGGUGACUACGUGGCCUACCGCAUGCCCCUUAAAUCUCUGUGUCACGGAGGACAGACCCUACCCGCCAUUCCGGUGCCCAUCAAACCCACCCCGACCACGGUGGGUCUCUCGGCGGGGCUGACGCCCCACACAUCCGCCUUCCUUUCGAACUCUCCCCAAUCUCUGAGCCCCACCUCCCCGCAGACAGACCCCAGCCAAAGCAGCCCCCCCACUCCCAGGGAGACUCACACCAACCCGACACUGCAGUCCGUGGCAGUGCACUAACAUUAACAACUAUACACAACUCUUUGUAAACUAGACCAGCAGGCUCAAACCAAAUCCAACGUUUAUUUUGAUUCUUGCCGCUGACAUCUUGGGCCGAGAAUAACUACAAUUAAUUAAGGCAAGAGAUUCCGUGCUGCGGUAUAUUUUGAUGUCGGUGGUUUGCUUUGAAUAAUAAUUGUCUUCUAACAUGGUUCCAGCAGAGAUAUAGGGACAUAUUGCUGUUCAACUUAAAAGGUAUUCGUUGCGUCAGUUUUAUCAGUGUGUUUUGUAAAUGAGUGAGGAAAUGCAAACAGCGGCUCAGUCAGGAGCAUGAGAUUUACUUUGAUUUAUUUCUGCUAUCUAUGUAAAAAUAACAAAGUCAAUUGUGAUUUUUUUUUUCAAUCUUAAAAAUAGUAAGGUGAACUAUAGGGUCUUUACUAAAUGCAAAAUAAAUAUGUGAAUAAAUGUGAAUAAUUGCAAAUAAGUUGAUAUGAUAACGUUGUAAAAUACACUUUUUAGUUAAAUGUUUUAGAUAUCUAUUUUGCAGGAGCUGUUCUGUGAAGCGUGUGAUGUAAAGCCGUGUAAAACCACGGUGACAUACAUGUGAUUAAAUGCUGUAACUGUUGUCCAUGUUCAAGGAACAGCGUGAUAAAGCCGAACUACAAGUGGCUUUUCUGCCAGCAUGCGCGCUUUUCAAAAGUCUUCAUAUAGACUGCAAUGAAUUAUAAACUUGGUCAUCGAAAUAUUUUCUCAUUAAAAUGGUGUAAACAAUAUAAUGGUUGGUGUAGUAUUCUGUGUAAAUAGUGUAAACAUUAUAAUGGUUGGUGUAUUCUGUGUAAAUAGUGUAAACAUUAUAAUGGUUGGUGUAUUCUGUGUAAAUAGUGUAAACAAUAUAAUGGUUGGUGUAUUCUGUGUAAAUAGUGUAAACAUUAUAAUGGUUGGUGUAUUCUGUGUAAAUAGUGUAAACAAUAUAAUGGUUGGUGUAUUUUGUUAACAGCUGGAAUAAUGCUGUCAUCGUGCACUUACUGAUUUCCAACUGGGAAAACUUCCAGACAGAUCAUUAUGGCAUGAUGAUGAUGAUUAUUAUUAUAUAUUUACAACAAUACAACUUUUCGAUUUCAAUAUGACUCUUCACUUUCUAAUAUUUAAUUUAUUUCCAUUACAAAUAUAUACAAAUCUAACAAAUAUAUUUUCAUUACAAAUAUAAAGUAAAUGAAAUAAUGUUGACAUAAUCAUGAAUAUAGCUCAACAUGGUAUAUUGCUGUGUAUUUGAGUGUCUAGACCUGAGUACAGAACGCGGUGUACAGUGUAUAGGCGACACCAGAACCGUCGUCGCGCCGUUCCCACAGGAGCAGUCAGAACAGAACCGUGGAACCGCAGAAUCAGAAUGCGGGUGAUUAGAAUGCAUGGAGGUACUGCCGUAGUCACAGCGCAGACAACCGGCCUCAUUCAUUCAGCUACACGCUAAUAGACCCUCAAUAAAUGAAACACACAUUGACACGGAGAUGGAAUAGAAUUACAUUAGGCUAUAUAACACCAUGAGAUUUGCAUCUGACUUCCAAAACAUAUCGACAAUGAACAGAGUAGGUCUAGCACAUUAUAGAAAUCGUAAUUAUCAUAAAAGAAAGGUUAACAUUCAAAGCAUUUUUUAUGUUUUGCAUUGAAAAAACUGCUAACCAUUUUGCAGAAGUUAAUUUGAAUUGGACUUGUUUUAGCCAUAUAUUACAUAGCUGAUAUUGAUAGUAUGGAUAGCCUAACAAGACAUUUUUAAAAAGUAAUUUAAAAUAAACGAAAUGUAUCUCUACAUGUGCAUGUUUCACAAUGUAAUAAUCACAGUAGACUAAAAUAUUUUUUAUCUCUAUGUAUUUACUUGUUUCUUAUGUAUUUUUGUAUAAUCCUAAAAAGCCUAUUUAUAUAUCCACGCGUGUAGUUGGCCUUAAUUACGUGUGCUACAUUGAUAGCUUAUAUGUUUAAUUGUAUUUUUUAUUUAUAUUAAAAUGCAUUCAUUCAGUGUCAGGGACAUCAGGUGCUGUGAAAGAAAUUUCCCAUCUUGGCGCAUUAAACAAAUACUUUAGAAUUCUGUCACUUUCUCCAAUUGACUAGAUCAAAUACCGCCUUCUAGCCACUUCAUUCUCUCCAUUCACUCAAUAGAAAGAGCAAAGAAUUGCAAACUUCGACUGGGCCACCAAUGUAGAUUUAGCCUUUUUUCGAGUAGACAAAAAGACUGAUUUCUCACAAACACAUUGCUGACUGGGGAACUGGGAAACGGGCUCAGAGACCCCUUUGGAAUUUAAAUCCACCCCACCCCUCCCCUCCUCCUGACCCUGUUUGCCCAACAGUGCUCUGGUUUUCCCGUUCUUGCAUUGUGUGUAUUGUAUUAAUGUUUACUCCGGGUGAUUAAAACACAAGUGGUGAAUUUCUAGCUUCAAGUUUGGAGUUUAUACAGUAUUUUCGUUCAUCAUUAAAUUAAUAAACUAUUCACCCCUUAUAUUGA